GUUCCUUGAAGUUUUGAUCAAAAAAAUGCCCGUUGCCGGACUGAAGUGCCGGUUAACGGUUGAGUUUGCAAUUCGGUGUUGGUGAUGUCGUGGUGACCUGGCAAAACAAUCAGGCAAUGUUUAACAUUGUUGUAACACCGACGUCCUCGCAUAUCCACAUAAAAUGUCUUCCAGUCCUUUCGUAGAAUGGUUACUCAUUCACUACGCAUCGACUAAGAGCCAAUCGCCAAACGAAGGUCGCAGACGAUGGAAGCUCCGGGUUGCACAAAAAUUCUGGUCCUCGGGCGAGAAAACGUUAUCAUCUAACACUGCUGGCGGUACUGAUGACAAUGCGGAUUUUCACAUGGAUGUUGAUCCUUUUGACGAAGCGUCGACUAGCAGAGAAGAGCUGGGAAUCCUUUUGCGGACUGAUUUUUCCGAUGAGGCUGCUUGGCUGGCUUUCUGCAGUCGAUUGGAAGAAGGAGAGAAGGAGUUUACAGCCAGUCCUUUGGAAGAUGUCACGAUGAUGGACGAUCAACCUGAGCCCAACAAAGCAAGUCCGAAUGGCACCGCUGCAACUACCACAGCAGAAGAUGACAGCGAUGAAUCUGAUGAUGAGAACUCGCUCAGUGCAAUCUUUCACGUCGUCAAUCCAUCUCUACCCCAGGAACGUGCUCUGUUAACCAACAUCUCAAAUCUGGCUGCGCUUCGCCUUUUUAAUGAUGUGGAUGUCCGACAAGCUCCCACUCCUCCACCAGAUACCAAACGCAUCAGGCCCCCAAACAGAUUAGUUGACUCAAGUGGCUGGCAGGAGGUCUAUGUGGGAAAAAACCUAUGGAUAUACGACGCGAAGUCCAACAGUGAUCAAUGCGUGCGGGUGGUCAGUCAGACCAGCUCGGACAUGUAUGGAACAGCAACGGCUGAUAGCUGGAGAGCUAGGGUAUCUCACAUCUGCGAAUUGCAAGUAAACUUGUCUUCUGGCGCGAUGAAGAUUGACUUCGGAGGCCUGGAUCGCUGGGAUUACGCGGAACGUCAACGAAACGUGCAGGAAGCUGAGACUCCAGGAGUUUUGUGAAUGUUCAUUAAGUCAUAGAUUUUACCAGGAAUUGAGAGAUGCAAUGUUUUUUUUUGGAGGUGCAAGCAGCCAGCUACAGUAAACACGAUGCAUAGGGUAAAACGUCAAGGUGUCCUCCGCCACGCAAUUUCCCCGGAGGAUUUUAAGAAGUG